AUGGUAGAAAUGUGGAAUAUAGCCAUUCAGACUCAUGCAGACGAAGAGGCCGAGGUGUGUGCAGUACCACAAUUUAAGAUCAACACAGAAGAAAAAUGGGGAAUUGGAUGGAAAUAUUCACUGAAAUGCCUCAAUUGUGGAUACAUCUCUCCUGUGGUAAAAUUAUACAGGGAAAUCACGACUGGCAAAAGAGGUAGGAAAGCGGCUGCAGUAAACAUUAACUUACAAGCUGGAUUGCUAGACAUGCCUUUAGGCAAUUCAAGGACUAGGCUUCUACUAGCAGAUUUAGACAUUACCCCACCAGCUGAAAGUGGUAUGUCCAAGUUAUCCAGUUAUGUGAGUUCAAAGACAACUGACUUGAACAAUGAAAGCAUGAGAACUAAGGUGGAAGAGGUGAAAAAUGUCAAUAGACGAAGAGGUGCUUCCAACCCUAACGUGAUAAAUGUGGCUUUGGAUGGCCGGUACAAUUGUCUGACCAUAGGACACAGCAAGAAACCCGGACAAGGAGCAUCCCAAUCAAUCGGCAUUGCUUGGGUGCUUAUCAAGUUUGCCACAACAGACGGAGAUUCAACGUCAGCUACCGGAAUUGAAGAGGCAAUGAGAACUUUACAUCCUAUGUGGAAAGUUGAAAGACUAGCUGACCCAGCCCAUCUUAGUGCAUCUCAGUUUCGCCAAUGUUUUAAGGCUUAUUUUAGCGACGGAAUGUUCAGAGGCAAAACAAAAGUUGAAAAAACAAAUCAAAAGAAAACUUUGAGUCAGGACAUAAAAUCUAGGUAUAGUGGACCAAAAGUUAUUCAGUAUUUAGCAGCCAGAUUAUGUGGUGAUUAUUCAUCUAUUCACUCUUGUCUCAGAGAAAUAAAUUUAAGAGAUGAAGACUUCCAACCACAUUCAAUGCUUGAUUUUGGUUCAGGAUUAGGAACAUCUGUUUGGGCAAGUACUAAGUUAUGGAAAAGAAUAACAGAAUUUUAUUGUGUGGAUUAUUCUAGUGAUAUGAAUACUGUAGCCAGACUUCUGUUACAAGAUGGAAAAGAAGAUGGAUAUAUGAAGGUACCUGUUGUAUUUAGAAACAAACUGCCAGCUGAUUAUAAGUUUGAUCUAGUUAUUUCUACAUAUACUUUAAUGGAGAUUAAAAGUGAACAAGAAAGAGCAAAGUUGAUAGAAUCAUUAUGGAAUAGGACUGAAAAUUAUUUGGUUAUUGUAGAAAAAGGCAGCUAUUCAGGGUUUGCAUUGAUACAUGAAACAAGACAGCAUUUAUUAAAGUUAUCAAAACAAUCAAAGAAAGGCCAUAUAUUUUCUCCCUGUCCUCACCAUGAGCCUUGUCCUAAAUUAAAAGAAAAAAACUCUCCUUGUUUUUUUGAAGCCAGAUAUACUGAUCUUGACCAGAUGGAACCUGAAGGGCUAGAGACAGAAUAUUUUAGUUAUAUUAUUUUUAGAGUUGGUCCUAAACCUAACACAGAAUCUUUUCCAAGGAUUGUAGAUGAGCCAUUUAAAAUGAAAUCAUGUACACAUUGUCAUUUAUGUUGUUCAAAUGGUAAAUUACAUCAUGCAGUUAUUAGUUCACAAGAACAUGAAAAAGAUUUGUAUAGAUGCAGUAGAAUUCUAUUAUGGGGUGACAUGUUACCAGUUAGAGACAAACAACUAUCAGACAAUAAUGAUGUCAUAUCUGAGAAGGAUGACAUGUUACCAGUUAGAGGCAAACAAAUAUCAGACAAUAAUGAUGUCAUAUCUGAGAAAGAUGACAUGUUACCAGAGAAAAGCAACUGUGGACAAUAA